AUGAGUCUUUCCAAAGCAACGAGAGGAUUAACACCAUCCUUACUUUAUACAGAUGCUGAUCUCACAAUGAUUGCAGCAAUAAACAGCACCUGGCCAACAACAAAAUAUCAUUUUUGUUUAUUUCAUAUUAGAAAAAACUUGGAAAAGCAUUUUCUUAGCAAGUAUUGUGGUAAAAAAUGGAACAAAUUUUUUUCAGCUUUUUGUUAUGCAUGUAAUAGUCGAGUUGAAUCAAUUUUUGAAGAGAGAUGGGCUGCAUUGUUGCAGAAAUAUCCUGAUGCCACUAAUUAUUUACAAUGUUAUCUUUAUCCAUAUAGAAAGGCUUGGGUAUUGUGUUUUACACACUGUGCAUUUAAUGCCAGAAUACAAAAUAUACAAUACGUAGAGUCAUACAAUAGUAUUAUUAAAAACAAUGUUAAUGGAUCAUCUUCACUUACGGAGCUUGAGUAUACAAUUGAGAGGUUAUUAGCAAAAGAGAACAAAUUUAUAAAGUUAAAUGAAACUAUUG